AAGUUGAACGCCCAGCCGACGCCCUUACCAAUCCAUCUACUUCUGUCGUGAGACACAUCGAUUUGGGGAUUCAAUUGGCUCUGGCUCAGCUACGCGAACGGCGACUUUGGGCUCGCUUGGCCACUCGUGGCGUCGGCCGUCUCGAGACACGACUGUAAAAUAUAACACGCAAGCCCCGCAGCUUCCCCCAAAAGCACAGUACUUUGAGGCAUGUCGCAACGGGAAUACCAUAUAGUAGUUCUUGGUUCGGGUGGUGUGGGCAAGAGCUGUCUGACUGCGCAGUUUGUUCAGAAUGUUUGGAUAGAGAGCUAUGAUCCGACGAUAGAGGACUCCUAUCGGAAAGCUAUCGAAGUAGACGGCCGACAUGUCAUUCUGGAGAUAUUAGACACAGCAGGCACAGAGCAGUUUACUGCUAUGAGGGAACUCUACAUGAAAACCGGCCAAGGAUUUCUCCUCGUCUUCAGCAUAACGUCCAUGUCCUCGCUCUACGAGCUUGCGGAAUUGCGAGAGCAAAUACGACGAAUAAAGGAAGACGACAACGUACCCAUGGUCCUUGUUGGAAACAAGUCUGACCUCGAGGAAGACCGCUCCGUGCCUCGUCCUCGAGCCUUCAAAAUAUCGCAAGACUGGGGCAAUGUUCCAUACUACGAAACAAGUGCGCGACGGAGAGCGAACGUGGAUGAAGUCUUUGUCGAUCUCUGCAGGCAGAUAAUGCGUAAAGACCAACGAACGUAUCAUAGGCCGGAGAACCCGAGAAAGCCUAAGCGUCGACGAGAUCGUCAUCACCGAGGCGAAAUCAAAUGUACGAUUCUUUGAGAGACGAGCCUUCCACGACUAUGUUCUGUCGAGUGGGUUUAUGGCCCUGCAGGACAGGGUCCCCAUUUCCCUUCACGACAGUCCCUACGACGACCCUUUUCCCUGUAUAGAGGUAUUAGACGCAGCGCUCGCCGCGAAAUUAAUUUCUACCC